CACCACCUAAAGCCUGAUCUAUCUUCUCGUUUUCUUGUAUUCGUUCACCGAUCGAAAUCUUCAGAACCUUUCAAUGGCGGAUGAGGUUGUGUUGUUGGGUUUCUGGCCGAGUACGUACGCGCUUAGGUUGAGGAUUGCUCUAGCUGAGAAAGGCAUCAAGUACGAGUACAAGGAGGAAGACGUCUACAACAUCAAGAGCCAACUGUUGCUGGAGUCGAACCCCGUUCACAAGAAGAUCCCGGUUCUCAUUCACAAUGGCAAACCCGUCAAUGAAUCCCUCAUUGCUCUCCAGUACAUUGACGAAACCUGGAAUGACAAGGCUCCACUGUUGCCCUCUGAUCCUUACCUCAGAUCUCAAGCCAGGUUCUGGGCUGACUUUGUUGAUAACAAGGUUGCUGUGUUUGGGAGGAAGAUAUGGAUGACCAAAGGAGAUGAACAGGAGGAAGCAAAAAAGGGCCUCCUUGAUUGCCUUGAAUUACUAGAAGGAGAGCUUGGGGAGAAGCCAUACUUUGGAGGUGAGGCCCUUGGUUUCGUGGACGUGGCACUCGUUCCCUUCUAUAACUGGUUUUCCAUGUACGAGAAGUUUGGCAACUUCAGUAUCGAGGCAGAGCGGCCACAGUUCGUUGCUUGGGGGAAGAGGUGUAUGCUGAAGGAGAGUGUCUCUAAGUCUCUUCCUGACCAGCAAAAACUCUAUGACUUUUUUCCGCAAUACAAAAGAAUCAUUGGAAUAGAAUAGAUUAUAGAUGUCAUGGGAGGAAGCAUGCAGGGAGUAUUAACUAAAUAAGCAUGUAGUGAUAUGAUUUUAUCAUUUUAUGGGUUUCUAAUAAAAGUUUCAACCGGUUAUGAAUCUUAGGUUAAACUUAGUUUCAUCCACUGUCUGAAAAAAUUAUCAAUGAAAGUUUCCUUUUGUUGUAGAA